AUGUCUAUCGAUAAAUCAAAAAUGGUCACCAGAUUAGGUAAAUCUGGUUUGAAAGUCAAUACUGUUGCUAUUGGUACCAUGAGAUUGGGAUCUAAUUGGAGAGGGUUUAAUGGUGAUAUUGAUGAAUGUUUGAAAAUUUUGAAAUUUUGUUACGAUAAUGGAUUCCGUACUUUUGAUACCGCUGAUACUUACUCGAAUGGUAAGUCGGAAGAAUUAUUAGGGUUAUUCAUCAAAAAAUAUAAUAUUCCUCGUGAAAGAAUUGUUAUUUUGACAAAAUGUUACUUCUCAGUCAAAGAUGAUGCUGAAGACAGUACCCUCGAAAUUGAUCCAAUUGAUUUUAUGAAUGGUAAAGGAUUAAGUAGGAAACAUAUAUUAGCAGCAGCUGAGGCAUCUGUUAAACGUUUGGGUACAUACAUUGAUGUCUUACAAAUUCAUCGUUUGGAUCGUAAUGUUACGUACGAAGAAAUUAUGCGUUCUUUGAAUGACGUUGUUGAACAGGGGUUAACAAGGUAUAUCGGUGCUUCAUCUAUGAAAACUUGGGAAUUUGUUGAGUUGCAAAAUGUAGCUAAAGCAAAUGGUUGGCAUCAAUUCAUUUCUAUGCAAAGCCACUAUUCAUUGUUAUAUCGUGAAGAUGAAAGGGAAUUGAAUGACUAUUGUAAGAAGAAUGGUAUUGGAUUAAUUCCUUGGUCUCCAAACGGUGGUGGCGUUUUGUGUCGUCCAUUUGAUGCGGAAAAAACCAAACAAUUUUUGGACAACAAGCAAUGGUCAAGUUUGUUUGGAUUAGACAAUGCUAGAGAAGCAGAUAGGAUUAUUGUUAAUAGAGUUGAAGAAUUGAGCCUUAAGUACAAUGCGUCUAUGAUGCAAGUUUCUUUGGCUUGGUGUAUGGCCAAAGGUGUGAUCCCAAUUGCCGGUGUCUCCAAAUUUGCUCAAGCUGAAGAGUUAGUUGGUAUUUACAAUGUUAAUUUAACUGAGGAAGAUAUUAAAUAUCUUGAAGAGCCUUACCAUGCUAAAGACUUGGCAAGGGUCAGUGAGUAA